AUGGCUGGAGCAUUGAAGGCCAAGAGGAUGAGGGGCUCAACCAUGCAGGUACCGUUACUGGUGCUGGGGCUGCUCAGCCUGAUGACUCCACAUGCCUAUGGCCAGAACCAGAGAUACAAGGAUUUGGUGAAUGGAUUCAUUCAACAAUACAACAAGAAUUCAGGAUCAGAAAACCUCUUUCGUCUCUCAAUCUUGAAUCUGCAGUCUGGGGAAGACAAUGAUCCUGCUACUCCUCAACCUCUGAGCUUCACCAUCAGAGAGACUGUGUGCCCCAAUACUGAAAAUCGCAAUCCAGAUGAAUGUGACUUCAAGGAAAAUGGGGUGGUGAAAGAAUGCACUGGAGCCAUUGCCCUGAAUUCUCCUAAUCCCUCUGCUGAUAUUUCUUGUGAUGGGCCUGGAAAGAUCAAGAGAAUUGGAUUUUUCAGAGAGUUUGGGAACAUAUUGAAGGGACUGCAUGACAGAAUUAAGAAUGGGAUAAAAAACGCGAUUGAUAAGUUAAUUAACAAUCUGCUCCCAUAG